AUGGGUUUCUCCAAACUAUCCUACGCCGUAUGGCUACUCGCCUGCCUUCCCGAGGGAGUCGUUUCUACUGUGAACCCUCGCAGCCCGCCGAUGGUUGAUUUGAAGGCAGCCACGAAGCGCUCUGAUACCCUUCGAAGGAGUGACCAGAUCCGAACCACGCCUUUUGUCGAUUUGCUUUACACGGAUGGCGAGAACACUGACAGCGAGAAGUCCGUCUUCUUCUCGCGUGUCCAGGCCCAGUCGAGCAAGCAGGUCCUUAUGCUUGAGGAUAUCGAAGAUCAGCUGAACCAUCUCGAAUGCACGGGCUCCGGCAUCGAGCUUGGAUUCCGCGAGGACUCGGUCUUUGCUGAUGCUGAGAAGGUGCUGUCUCGUCUGGAAGGCGGAUACGUCAUCGCCUCUCAUGCUGGAUGCACUGACGAGGGCUCGCGUUCGGUCUUCCUGGUUGACGACGUGACGGCCUCGGAAGACACGAACACCAUCAACCUCGCAACGACGAAGACGCAGUGGAAGAAAGCGUUCAACCGCUUCAACAUCGAGUAUGGACACUCGCAGGAGCACCAUGAGCUGCGCCGCCACCAGAUGCUGCGCAGGCAGGAGGCCACCACCCAGGUCGCUACUACCAGCACCGCCACCUCGACCGUCAUCACUUCGACCUCGACCUCGACUUUCUUGAGCCACCAGACUCUUAUUCCUUCUGGAAAUGCCUCCCACGUUACCCAAACCUCUGUCGCCCUCAACCUGUACUAUGAGGCCGGUAACACGACCUUCUCGUUGCCUCCGGGAUUCGCCAUGACUCUUCCCAACCCCCACUUCAUCAUCGGCUGCAAGCACUGCAAGACCACGGGCAACCUGAACCUGACCCAGGGUGGCUGGGAGCUUGACUGGCCUGACAUGGAAGAUAUUGUUGAGAUGGACUCGGUCGCCGAUGUCUUCAAGAUGGGCUUUGUCCAGCUUGCCCUCACCAACUUCUCAACCUACAUUGAGCUCAUGGCUACGCCUGCCGAGUCCGGUAGUCUGCAGAUCCCGCUCUUUACUGCUCCUACGGCUGGUUUCAGGAUUCCCGAGCUCGGUAAGGCCGGUAUCAUGUUCGAGCCUGCUCUGACCUUCAACUGGGCUCUGAGCGGUGGUGUCCAGAUGUCCUACGGCUUCAACCUGACGCUGCCCAGCGCCAUCGCGACCCUGAACUUCACCGACCUGGAGUCGUCCACCGUGACCGGACUCGAGAACUACACCCUCGAAGCCAUCCCCUUCCAGGCCAACGUCUCGGACGUCAACCUGCAGCUGCACGUCGCGCUGCGCCCGCGCAUCGAGCUCGCCUUCGGCCUCUUCGACGACGACCUGCUCGCCGAAGCCGGCACCUACCUCGACCUGCCCGUCGCCUCCGUCAACAUCACGCAGCUAGCCUCGUCGCAGCACGACGCCAACUGCGAAUCCAUCGGCGACUCGCCUUCGCCCGACCAGGCCGACUUCUCGCGCAACUUCGCCAACCUCACCCACAUCGCCGGCUCCGUCGACAUCGGCGUCGGCGCCGACAUGCGCCUCCAGGCCCAGCUGCCCGUCGUGCGCGACCCGUCCUUCGCGACUAGCUGGAGCAUCGCCAGCAUGCCGGCGACCACCCUGCCUACCGCGUGUCUGGUCUACCAGAGCUCGGGCGCGCCUGCUGGCGCGGCUUUCACGCCCGCGGCGACGAAGUUCGCGGCGAUGAAGGAGGAGAAGGAGGAGGAGGAGGCGAAGAAGAGCGGCGCGGCUGGCGGCCUUCUUGGAGGCGAGAGUGGAAGCGGAGUAUCUUCCGGACUCUGA